AUGCUGCAGAGAUCGAUUCUUCUCUCUUCGGCCCUGGGCAGCGGCGCCCGCGCCCUGACCAUGCGUCAGAACGGCUGCUCCUUCCACAUCAACACCCAGGGCGACGCCAUAUCUGGCGCAGUCGGCCAGUAUCCUAGCGGGCAGACGCGCACCGGCUCCGAUGAGGAUCCUUCCAGCUUCACCAUCAACGGCGGCACGCUCACGGACGGGCAGAACAGAGGCUGCUGGUGGACGCCGCCGUCCCUCGUGCUGCAGUGCGACGUCGGCCAGAUCCCCGAUGCCGGCUUCACUAUCGGCUGCGACGGGACGGUCUCGUAUAACGGGCAGACGACAUUCUACAAUUGCGACACCGGCGCCGACGGUCGGCACAUGGUAUACCUAGGGCCCAACGGCUCUAAUUGCGGCGAGAUCACGCUGACUGCAGACGGUUGCCAGCCGGAUAGCUGCGGCGGCGCUGGCUCUGGCGGCGGUAGCGGCGGUGGCGGCUCCGGCUCCUGCCCCGGCGAUCUAGGCAACACCUACCAAUACCCACACCUGAUCAUCCCCGUCGAUAGUUCCAACCCCGACUCAGCGCCCGGAACAUCAUACUUCGGCGAAGUGUCCCCAACACUAUCCUCCGCCUACAACUUCGACAUCCCGCAAUCAUACGCCGGGAAGACUUGUACAGUCGUCUUCUACUUCCCGCACCAAUCGCAGCUGGAGACAUCUUCGUACACCUUCUCCGGCUCAGGAAACGUCGAAUGUUCGAAAUUAAGCGGUCCGGUCAAGAGCGAUACAUCCUACGCCAAUUUACCUUCCGUGGCCCAGUCGUACGGCACGCAGACUGUUACCCCGGGCAAUGCAUAUACUAUUACCAGCUUCGAGUGUCCGGCCGGUGAGGCUAUUACGCUGGGACUUAGUGGUGCCGGCGAAGAUGCCUCGACGAAUCUGAGGUAUUUCCAGGAUUAUAACCCUUGUCCUAUCGGGCUGUUUAUCACUGCGUCUUAG